UUAAAGCUCCCUCCAAUUUCCACCGCAACACUUUUCCACCCAAACAUUUCAAUCCCUAAUUUCAUUCCAUUGUUAUACACCAUUGAGAUCGUGUCCAAGUAAACGCAUACGCAAGAUAACUAUAUCUACGUGACAUUUGAAACGUCACUUAACGAUCAAUCGCACCCAUCCCCCCAAACUAAACAAAGACGGCAUCAUGGCCGCCGCUCGAGAUGCGCCGAAACCCCAGAUCAACCGUCAAUCCACGACACCCUUCCAUCUGAAGCUCUUCUACCGGGUGAACAACUUCCACCACUUAUCAGACUUUGCCGUUCCACCAUCACCUGCGUCAUACGGUGGCCCCGUUAGCGGCCCCAAUGCCAUCCGGGCGCGCUCCCCUCCCCCGCCGCCACUCCCUGCCCACCUCCAGAUCUACACCUGGCAGUCCUGCACGCUGCGCGAGCUCUCACAGCUCCUUACCUCCGCGCUACCAUCGCUACUACCCGACCCACCCAUAGGGACGAGACUAUGCUUCCGGCUCAUCUACCCCGACACAAAGACCGCCGCGUCGAUGGGACCCGACGCGCGAGGCCGGUACCUCAGCAAGGAUAUUGGCAGUGUGGUGAUCGGCCCGAAAGAUAGCCCCUACCGCGAGGAGAACGACGAGGAGAACGGCGCCGCUGCGGGGCCCCGGGCCGGCGCUCUACGACUACAGGGCCACGAUGCGGACAAGACAUUACAAGACAUGCGGUUCGUGAUCGGAGACUAUGUCGACUGCGCGAUUCUGCCACCUCUAGAGGACGGGUCGGUGGCUCCGCCACUCACGACUGGGAGGGGACCUAUCGGAUCGACCAUUGGUGGCGGCAUGAGGGCGUUUCGCGAUAAUGGGUUCGCAGGCCGGCCUGGUCGGGGAGGCAGAGGUGGCGGCGGAGGCGACCGUGGAAUUCCCGUAGGUGAUUGGCGAAGGGGAGAGAGGCUGCCAGAAGAAGGGGGGCGUGGGAGGAGAGGAUGGGGUCCUUAUUGAUUUAUAUGUCUUUCGGUCUUAUCCAUGAUUUGCGUUUAAUGAUCUCGGUUUGUAUUAGUUUUCUGGAGUUGUGAUCCUGAGGGAUACCCGGUUCUGAAAAAUAUGGCUGUUGUCUGAUCAUUGGGUUGAUGCUAUUUGGUUCUGCGUGCGUAGUGUAUCUGAUGUUGUAGGCUGAAGAUAUAUCUCCUCGCGCCCCCGGAAUAUAUAUAUAUAUAUAGACCCGGAUACGGAAGACUACACAACGUAUUUCAGCAGCACUCCAAGGACCAAAAGCCCAAUAUAGAAACCGUACGUAUAACUACAAUCCGACCCAUAAUCAAAAACCAAACGAAAAAAAAAGAACACUAAGCGGUAUAUUCCGUAAUAAAUACACAUCUAACGACGAGUCAUGCCACUUUCAACAAAACUCAUCGUCUUCACGCCCAAUCUCCAGACUCAAACCAAUCGGCGCAUUAAAAAGAAAGAAUAAAUCACCACUCCGAGAUCGUAUCUUCCCUCCUCUUCCCACGGAAAUGGUACUUGCCCUGUUGUAAGGAAACCCGUCAGUCAAACCGCAU